GUCUUGUGUUUUAGGACGGAGGAAUAAUGGCGUGUGUCCUGGCUGAUGGGAGGACUCCUGGAGAGGAAGACGUGUGAUGUAGGAUCAAGGAGAGAUGCUUGGAUUGGUUCCCUGAGCAGGCAAGGGGGUUCAGAGGCUGGGGCCUUCUGCCAGUCUCUGGGGGAGAGACUGGGUUGCACUAAGCCCUGGCACAGAGUCAGGGAGGUCAACAGUGUGGAAAGUUGGCACAGCGGAGCUGGAUGUGACCCUCAGGAGAGAAUGGUGCUGGAUUCUGGGGCUCAGGUGUAUGAGCAGGCACCCCCCAGCCUACCUGCUAGUCCCCCAUCUCAGCACCAUGACCUGAAGCCCUCAAACCAAAAUGGGCCACCCUUGUACCCCUGGCCUCGGUCCCUGGCUAUGCCCCUGGCUCUGGCAGUUCCCUCAGCACCACAGCCCAAGCCUACGUGGCAGGCCUUCUCAAAGCUGCACUUGGGACAGAGUAGCCACAUGCGUCGCAGUGAGAGCACCUACAGCGUAAAUAGUACUGGCCGCCGGGCGCGAGGCAAAGCCCCACUCGGACGGGAAUGCGAUCCAGGUGGAGGGACCCUCCGGCCUGCAGCCUCCUUACCUCACAUUGCUAAGACUCGAAAGGACGGAGGCAAUGGUAGCAACAAGAGCCCCUGUAUGUUGGUGGCCCUGAGGCCAACCAACAUGAACCAGGAACGGGAGAAGUUUUUCCAGUCUCGUUACACCUACAAUCCACAGUUCGAGUAUCAGGAACCGAUGCCAAUGAGUGUGUUGGAGAAGUACCAGGAGGCCUCUGGGCAGUUCAUCCAUCAGGCAGUUGGCAUCAUUGAGGCUGUCCUGGAGAAGUUUGGCACUUACGAACACUUUGAGGCUGCCACAGGGGGCCAGCUACUUACCAAGUGCCAAAUUUGGUCCAUUGUGCGCAAAUACAUGCAGAAGGAAGGCUGCGUUGGGGAGGUUGUGGUACAGCUGAGUGAAGACCUGCUGUCCCAGGCAGUGAUGAUGGUGGAGAACAGCCGACCCACAUUGGCCAUCAACUUGACUGGAGCUCGCCAGUAUUGGUUGGAGGGCAUGCUGCGGCAUGAGAUAGGCACCCACUACCUGCGCGGUGUGAAUAACUCUCGACAGCCUUGGCACAGCACUGAAGGCAGACUGCAGUAUGGGCUUCGGCCUGCCAACCCCACUGAGGAGGGCCUGGCCAGCCUGCACAGCGUGCUGUUUCGAAAGCAGCCGUUCCUGUGGCGCGCAGCCUUGCUCUACUAUACCAUUCACCAGGCUGCGCGCAUGUCCUUCCGCCAGCUCUUCCAGGAUCUGGCGCAGUACGUGCAGGAUGAGGACGUACGCUGGGAAUACUGCGUCCGUGCCAAGCGAGGACAGACGGAUACCUCCCAGCCAGGCUGCUUCAGCAAGGACCAGGUGUACCUGGACGGCAUUCUGCGUAUCCUGAGGCACCGAGAGACCAUCGAUUUUCCGAUGCUGACCUUGCUGGGCAAGGUCUCCUAUGAAGAUGUGGACCAACUGCGGCCCCAUGGAGUACUGGAUAAUACCAGAGUGCCCCACUUCAUGAAGGACUUGGGACGCUACCGGCAGCAGCUGGAACACAUCAUGGCUACCAACCGGCUGGAUGAAGCGGAGCUCGGCCGCCUGCUGCCCGACUGACGUUGGUUAAGGGUUACAGAGUCAGAAGUUCUUGACAGAGGUCUCAGAUCAGAAUACGAAGCUCUUUAUGGUUGCAUAGCCUAGGUGUUUCUUGGGGGCAUUUGGGAGGCCAGGAGCAUCUCGGGAAGAUGAGAGACAAUGCCAGAAGCUUUUUGUCCUUGCUAGCCUUCCUGUGCGGCCUGUGAACUAGUGGCAACAUUGUCACACAAACUCUUGGACGUGGG